AUGCAGAAAGCAAAAGCUUUUGAAGCUUUGAGGAGGUGUGUAAGCCAGAGAGGAAGCUCUCUUUCCCAUCACAGAGCCUUUUCUGCUCAACCAAACUAUGGCCAAUAUGAUGAUGUCGAAGACCUGGUUACGGUUGAGGGAAGGGCUAAAUCAAGAGCAGCCAUUCUCAAUAGACCAUCUGCACUGAAUGCUCUCAAUAACGCUAUGGCAGCUCGCCUGAAGAGACUCUAUGAAUCAUGGGAGGACAACCCAGAUAUUGGAUUUGUUUUGAUGAAGGGUAGUGGGAGGGCCUUCUGCUCUGGUGCAGAUGCUGUUAGCCUUUAUCAACUAGUGAAUGAAGGGAAUGUUGAGGAAUGUAAAAACUUUUUCGAGACAUUGUAUAAGUUCGUAUAUAUCCAAGGAACCUACCUGAAGCCACAUGUAGCGAUAUUGGAUGGUAUCACCAUGGGAGCUGGGGCUGGCAUUGCAUUCCCAGGAAUGUUCCGGGUGGUGACUGAUAAAACUGUAUUUGUCAAUCCAGAGACUCAGAUGGGUUUCCAUCCUGAUGCAGGGGCUUCCUUUUAUCUGUCUCGUCUACCUGGCUACCUAGGAGAAUACUUGGCUCUUACAGGAGACAAGCUUAAUGGUGUAGAAAUGAUUGCAUGUCGCCUUGCUACGCACUAUACGCUAAACGCAAGACUUGCUUUGUUUGAAGAACGCCUUGGUAAAUUAGCUACAGAUGAACCUUCUGUAAUAGAGACAUCUCUUGCACAAUAUGGUGACCUUGUUUAUCUAAACAAGAGGAGUAUACUUUCUAAGCUUGAGGUUGUUGAUAGAUGUUUUAGCCAUGACACAAUUGAGGAAAUUAUUGAUGCUUUGGAAAAGGAAGCUGCCGAUUCUUAUGAUGAAUGGUGCACAACAGCCCUCAAGAAACUAAAAGAAGCCUCCCCCUUGAGUUUGAUAGUUUCUUUGCGAUCUAUACGUGAGGGCAGAUUUCAAUCACUUGAUCAGUGUCUGGCUCGUGAAUAUCGUAUAUCCCUUAAUGCAAUUUCCAGACGGGUUUCUAGUGACUUCUUUGAGGGUGUUCGAGCAAGAUUGGUGGACAAGGACUUUGCACCCAAGUGGGAUCCUCCUAGUUUAAAAGAAGUGUCCAAAGACAUGGUUGAUUGCUAUUUCUCCCCACUUUCAGAAUUUGAGCCUGAGCUGGAGCUGCCCACAGCGUCACGAGAGCCAUUUAUGCAAUUGACGGAUUCACAUAAAAAAUGA